GACCGUUUCGGCAGUUAUAAGCACCGAAAGUGACAACUGUCGAUCAACAGGAUCAAAGAAGGAGAAGAAAGCAUUAGCCGCGUCGAGGUUUACGAUCUAUAAAGUCAACAAGGCAAGCCGUAAAAAACGGGAAAAGUCGACGGCGAAAAAAGAAAGAAAAGCCACCAAAACAUUAGCGAUAGUAUUAGGAGUAUUUCUGUUCUGCUGGGUACCAUUCUUCACAUGCAACAUAAUGGACGCAAUGUGCAGCAAACUACAACUGACAUGUCAGCCAGGGGUAGCGGCAUUCCUGCUAACGACAUGGUUAGGUUACAUUAAUAGUUUUGUUAAUCCUGUUAUUUAUACUAUUUUUAAUCCGGAAUUUAGGAAAGCGUUCAAAAAAAUCAUGCAGAUGAGUCCCUGAGAAUAGGCCAAAAGAUUUGUUGUAAAUGUCUUUAUUUUUGGGAAACCAUUUCAAUCGAACAGUAAAGAGCAUCAUAAAACAAAAGUAAAAGGUUGCACUAGGUAUAUGUGAUGAUAAGAAAACUUUUUCUUUUCGGAAAUAUUCAGUCACAAAAAGUUUUUAUUUUCCUUAAGAAAAUGUUUUCUUCGUACUUCUUUUAAUCCAAUAAUAAUACUUAUCAUCGUAUAAAUACAUACUUAAUUUUUUUUUUGGGAAUAGUUUUAAUUCUAAUUUAAUUGUCAAAAUUUUCAAUUUUUAGCCUAUUCUGUAAUCGAUAUAAAAAGUGCAAUUUGUUUUGUUGAAGUGUAUAUUCAACAUCAAUUAGUAUUUUAGCUCAGUAAUUAUCUGUAUUUCAAGUAAGUUUUGAAGU